AAACGUCAAAAUGUUUCAACCAAUGGGAAUAAAGAAUAGGAUCUGCAGAACAACAACAAAUACGCGGAGAAGGUAGAUUUGGAAAAAUAAUAAUGAACGGCUCUCAUUUUGUCAUAUAAGAAGAAUAUCAAAUCCACAGAAGCUACAGAAUAUGCCAGGUGAAAAAGGAUUGAGAGCAACAUCUCCUGUUCAUGUUCAUGUGGAAGAUGAUAUACCAGUGCAUGUCCAUGUGAAGCAGAAGGGAAAGAAAGUUACAAAGAAGACUGGUUCUGGAAUAACUAGUGUUAAAACUGGUAAAUCAGUGAGAAGCAAAUCUGCCUCAUCUCGUCUAAAGGCCCCUGCCACAGGUCCAUGGGUGCCAGCACCAGGUCGAGCCACCAAGGGACAAAAGAUCUCAUGGCAGUGGCACCCCAAUCAUUGUCCUUGUCUUGGUUGUGGAGAAAGGACCAGGAUAGCACGUUCAAGAUCAAGACCACCUCGGUUUUGUUGGAAGGGCCCUACACACAGGCUAGAAGUUAACACACCAAGGGAUGCCCUUCGUAUGGAUGACCUGUCCACUGAUGAAGAAGAACACGUCCAUGGACAAAUGAAAAACUAUGAGAAAAAAAUAGAAAACCUCAUGUCAGAAAUGGGGUCUUUGAAAACAGAGGUUGAGCUCAAAAACAGUCAAAGAGAGUUAGAAAGGAAGGAAGAUUUGUUAGAAACAAGUCGUCACGUAAUGGAUGUUCAGGAGCGCGAGUUAGAGGACACAAAAGACGAACUGUCUAUGGCUGAACAUGAAAAUAAACUCCUCAGGAAAAGCAUGGAAAUGCUCAGCGAAGAAGCAAAUGUUAACAGACAUGAUGCAGAUCUUCUUUCUAACGAGCGAGAGAAACUAAUGAAGAAACUGAUUGAGGUUGAAAUGGAUGGUCAGGCUGCAGUGAAACAAGUGAACGAAAUGAGGGAAGCUUUUCGGAGACUUCGAGAGGAGAACAGGAUAACUUCUUCCGACUACAACAGAAUGAAUAAACACAAGGACAGUCUGUUGGAGAAGCUGACAGAUUUUGAGGCCACAAACAGAGCACUACGACGUUUAUUGCGUGAACAGCAUCAAGCUGAAACGGCAGCCAUUCGACUCGGAGAACAGAGGGACUUGUUAAUGAGGCGGCUGAGUGAGGCUGACAGAUUUAAUGAGCGUUUGAAAACAGAGCUCCGAGACAGAGAUUUAUUGAUAUCAGAAAUGAGAUCACAGAUGGCAGCACAGAGGAAAGCUUCAUUUAAGAAAGAGACAAAAUUGAAAGACGAAAACUUAGCUCUCUCUGGUCUCCAAUCUUCCAUUGAAAACACUAGAGCACAUUUGCAAAAACAGUUACGCACCAAAGAAGCUGAUUUAAAUCGUAUGGCGGUACAAAUUCGGACAAUCGAGAGUACUAGAGCCCAGGACAAAAUUGAGAUAGAACAUCUCCAAGAACUUGUAACAAGGGCCAAGGAGAAAGCAGAUCGGGAUAAGGAGGCCCUGAAGAAGGCCACAAGAGUGCAAAAACAACGAGCAGAAAGAAGCCAGGAUGCACUGGAGAAGAUGAAUGUGCAGCUGAUGGAGCGUGAAGCACAACUGGAGGAUUUACGAUCUCAGUUGGAGCUGAUGGGGCCUCGGUAUGAUAAAAUCUCAAAGGAGAAAUCUCAGCUCCUGGCUGAAAACUCAGCACUGAAGACUGAAAAUGGGAACAGACGAAUGGGUGAGCUGGAGUCCCUGAUGGAUCAGGUAGAGAAUAGCUCCAAGUCGCAGCAGGAGUCGGUUGGUGUCAGACUCCAUGAAAUGCAGGCGGAAAACUCGGCGCUCAAAGUUGAAAAUGAACGGCUCAAGACCUCUAUUCAGACUAUUGAAAGAAAGUUUCAGCAGGCGGAUGAAGAACUCGUCCAACUGCGAGGAAACCUCAAGCAGUACGAGAAUCUGGUGGAGGAAUACAAAGCUCAGAUGAACAAAUCUCGCCGAGAGACUGAUGAAACAUUGGUACAACUGGCUGAAGAGAAAAAGAACACCGAUUAUAUAGCCCAGGAAAGCGAGAUAGAAUUAGAGAAGCUAAAACAAACUACAGGGCAUUAUUUCCCUGUAUCCCAGCCCUCUAGUUCGGGCCUCAGUCCAGGGCCACAGGUCAAAGUUCGUCUCCAUCAGCGCCUCCAGGAACUGGAACCACUUCCUGACAUGCUCAAGUCAACAGAACUGAAAUUGUUUGAGUCACAGGAGAGAAUGCUCAUGUAUGAGAAAAAGAACACAGAAAAUACUAAGCUGAUUGCAGAGCUCACUGCCAAGGUUGAGCAUGUUACAGAUCAGCUUGAACAAAAUCGGAACAAGUACCACGAGUCCCAGGAUGAGAACCGAAUGAUGCUGAGCAAACUUGAAUCACUUGAAAGGAAACUUCGAGACUCUGAUGAGCAGAAUCGAGAAUUGAUGGCCAGUGUAGCAAAGAGGGAAGAAGGUCUACAUCAGAAUAAUCUUCGCUUAGAAGAAAAGUCAAGAGAAAAUGCUAGUCUUACUCGCCAGUUAGAGAAUGCCUUGUCAGACAUACGUCGCCAAACAGAACAGACAAGAGAUAAAGCUCUCCAAAAGGAGAGAACAUACCAAACUCGAAUCACUGACUUGGAGUCGCAAAUGAGUCAGUGUCGUGCUGAAAUUGCUCGUCUAAAACGAGAAAAGGAGGAGAACGAGAGAAAAUUUAACUCCAGAUUAUAUGACCUCAAAGAUCGACUAGAACAAUCCCACAGUACAAACCGCAGCAUGCAGAACUAUGUUCAGUUCCUGAAGAAUUCCUAUGCCAAUGUGUUUGGGGACAGUAGUACAGUCUCAUACCCCUCAACCCCUCUAAACUCAGGACCCCCCCAAUUCUAGUAUUCCUUGCCUUUCCUUAGUAAAUAUUAAAUUCUUCAUAUACAUUGUACAUGUAACUUAUAGGUUUAAAAACAAUUAAUCUUUACAUAUUUUUUAUGAGAAUUUUUAAGAUAUGAAUUUUUUUUAGGAAACAAGUAAAUCAUGAACAAAUCCUUUGUGUACACUCCUGCAGCAUUUACUUGUUUAGAGGAAGAUUAUAUUAAGUUGAAUAUCAAGUACUAAGUUAUUUUUAGUUACUUUUUUAUGCAGUGUCUGUGAUAUAUUUUGUAUUGUUUAUUUUUAAUUAUUUGCCGUCCUUUUUACUUAGAAAAGGGUGCUUUUCAGAAAUUCCAAGAAGUAUUUAUACGUACACGAUACCAGUUUUAGACUUCAUUAAUAGUGCUAACUAGAUCAUGACCCAUUCUCAUGUAUUGUAAAGAUACCGAACAUCAUACAAUCAAAUGGUUUUUCUAUUUUGAAAAUUCAAGCACUUUGUUAGGCACAUUCUAUUUAUGUGUAUUGGGAAAUUUGAAUGAUUUUUUGUAUAUUUUUAAUUUUAUGAAUUUGAAUAUGAAAUGAGGAGUUUGGCAAUCUCAUACAAGUCUUACUUCCUGAAUAUUUCUCUGUUAAGAAACACAAUAGAUCUAACAUCAUGUAACAAACUGCCACACUCAUCAAUUCAUUCCAUUUUCACAGUCAAAGAGCAUUUAUAUUGUAAUGUACAAUUUGUAUAACUUUGUAAUGUAACAAAGUGAAACAGCAAUAAAAUGGUCAAAUUAA